CUGAGCGCGUACCGUUCAAACGCCUCACUGUACGCACUCUACGCCGUACGCGUACGCUUCGUACGCACUGUAUGCUCCGUACGUACUGUAUCUUCCGUACGAACUGUACGCACUGUUACUAAGUAGUGUUGAUAUUGUGCAAAGUGAAUAGAUAAUAAAUUCUGAAGUGUUUUUUGUGUGACAUUGUUAUGUGAUGCAAGUUUCGGAUGAGUCGAACUGAAAACUUUCGAUACACCGGUUCACGAUGAAACCUUAGUAAACACAAGCAAUUAUGGACAUCGAUGAAAAAGUCUCCGGCCCAGGCGGCGCGUCCCAGCGCAACUGGACCCACCUGAACGCCACAAACGAGCUGCCACUAGACAUGCGCUUCAACCAUGGCCACAUGGUGUCUAUAACUGUGUACAGUGUGCUAAUGGUGAUAUCUGCAACCGGAAACAUCACGGUGCUGUCACAGUUGGUGAAGAGACGACGGGCGAAGAGAGCCAGUCGGUUGGAUGUGCUGCUAAUGCAUUUGGCUGUUGCUGAUCUUAUGGUCACAUUCCUGAUGAUGCCACUGGAGAUCGCGUGGGCAGGCACCGUGCAGUGGCUGGCCGGGGACCUGAUGUGCCGCCUGAUGAUGUUCACGCGGACCUUCGGACUUUACCUCUCCAGCUUCGUGCUCAUAUGCAUCGCUAUUGACAGAUACUACGCGAUCCUGAAGCCCCUAAACGUGACGUGGGAGGCCCGAGUAAGGAGAGCCCUCACCGUGGCGUGGGUGUGCGCGGGGCUCGCUAGUCUACCUCAGAGUUUCAUCUUCCACCUAGGGGAGCACCCUGAAGUCAGAGGGUACUACCAGUGCGUGUCAUACGGGUCGCUGCCGACGGAGCGGCAUGAGUUCGCGUACUUCCUAGUGAACAUGACGCUGAUGUACGUCGCGCCACUCGUGUCCACCCUAUACUGCUCCUCUGCCUCACUGCUCGAGAUCAUACGCCGCGCUAACACCGCCAAUGACAAGAUGCGCCGUAGUGGUGUGGGCAUCCUGGGUAGAGCGCGGGCGCGGACCUUGAAGAUGACGGUCACCAUCGUGCUGGUGUUCUUCACCUGCUGGUCACCAUACUACUUCUACUGUCUUUGGUAUUGGAUAGAUAAGGACUCUCUGAAGAAACUGGACCCGGCCAUCCAGAAGGGCAUGUGGCUGUUCUCGUGCACCAACUCCUGCGCCAAUCCCAUCGUCUACGGCGUGUUCAACAGGAACCGCUGGACGUGGCAUCGUAGCGCCACGACCCGAUGUCGCGGCGGCAGCAUGCGGCGCGGCUCCCGUUUACCAUACGGAGAAUCCAUGGAAAUAUCAGCGGCAACCCUAGCGCGGGCGCGUAGCUCAGUGAUCAGCGAGCGACAAAGCCGCAGAGACUCUGCCUACGCCUCCAACGGCUCCCAGAAGCACUAUCACAACAACAACAACACCUUCUCAAAUGGCAUGGUGUAGCGGAGGGCACGUCGCCGGCGCCGGUGCAAGCACAAUUUCACUGAUCACGACGCUAUAUUCGAACACGAAAUCUUAUAGUAACGACAGUGACCUGUUUAAUCUUCAAAUUAGUGGAUCCUGUUAAAACGGGAUAGCGCUAUACGGAUAUACUAGUGAACCAGUGAAACGACUCUCAAGUGAAGUGACAAAUGACAAAAAUACGUUUUUAUAUUCAGGCAAGUUGUAAAUAUAACUUUACAGUGAGUUAUAAAAGCGAUGUUAUAUGUGAAUAUAGCUUUGUAGAUAUUAAGAGUCUAAUGCUUGUGUGAUUCGAAUUGUUGAGAGCAUAACUUUUUAAAUUAUCACUCCUCUUCACUUCUCGAACCUUACGCUUUAUGUCAACAAAGAGGAGAAUGUACAGCGCCCUACUGUAAGGCAGUACUUAGUGUCAGUAGGUAAAAUGAAGUUCGAAGUAAGAAUAAUUGACAGAAAGCAUAGUAAAUAGCGUCAUGCCUCAAUUUUUUACAACUCCAACCGCGAGCUCCAUUCCAUCUACGGACAACUGGACGUCGCGUCGGCGGGCAUAUCAUUCUUAUCUUCUUCCUUUCUGAUGCGAACAGCAAAGGACUGGAACUGUCUGCCGUCGUCUGUUUUUCCGACUCGUUAUAAUCUGGGAGUCUUCAAGGCUAGAGUGAAUAGGCAUUUGCUAUAUAAGCGUGAUCCACCCUAGACCACAUAGUCACUUACCAUCAGGUGAGAUUGUGGUCAAACGCGAGCCUAUUAUAUUAAAAAAAAAGCUAAACGACUUGCGGAAUAGAUUUGUGUGGAACCAACGCAAUCAAUCCGCUGUUGGCAACAAUUCAAGAAAAGUGUAGUAAUUGAUCUGUCCGCGUAGCCGCUGGUCGCAUGUCGUCCUGUAGACGUACUAUAAUAAGUAUGAUUAAAAUAUGUCAGAAUCUCUUAUAAACAUAUAAGGUACCUAAAUGUGCAAAGGAAGCUUUAAAAUAGUUUUGAGACAUAUCUGGGAUGUAUAGAGUAAGAAGUCAGUCAGUUCGUAAAGUUUGUGCCAUGCCUUUUUCUAGAUUAGCGUCAAAAUGGCGGAACCACAAUUUAACGUGUACGGUCACGAGCAUUAAUAGUAUACACUUUGGUACCAUGUCACAUUAACUUUCUUGACGAAUUCAACUAUAAGUCUCACUAAAUGUCAAAUAUGUUAGUGCGACAGAGUCCUAAAGUGGGUACAUUAUAUUGCUCAUGACUGUAUAUCUUUUAAAUAAGAAAGGUACUUACUAGAUUUUUUCGUUUUUGGGUACCGAAUAGUACUUAAAGAGUACUAAAUCUAACAAUAUCGAAUUUUAACAUUAAACUAUUGGUCCCGCCAUUUUGACGCUAAAUUUUCUAGACUAAUGCCGUUUGCAGACCUAGACCUAAGCUAAGUUACCUUAAGCUUAAUAUUAAACCAUUUAUUUCAGGCUACGAAAGCCACAAUACAAUACAAUCAAUAUCAAUAACGGCCUCCGUGGCCCAGUGGUUUGAGCGUUGGGCUCACGAUCCGGAGGUUCCGGGUUCAAAUCCCGGUGGAGACACAUCACGAAAAUAACUUUGUGAUCGCUAGUUUGGUUGUAGGACAUUACAGGCUGAUCACCUGAUCGUCCGAAAGUAAGAUGAUCCGUGCUUCGGAAGGCACGUUAAGCCGUUAGUCCCGGUUACUACUUACUGAUGUAAGUUAGUACUUAGUCGUUACAUGACCCAUUUCAGGGGCCUUCGGCAGGUCAGUAGUAACCCUGACACCACCUCACAACCCACACGAUAGAAGAAGAAUCUUACCUUAGCCCUUGGUCUGCCACCGGCUUAAUAGAUGUUGAAUGUUAAACUGCGACAUUCCUAUAAUGUGACAUUAGCAUAAGAUUGUGAUGGCUGGGAAUUAUUCUAGGGAAACUAGGGGCCGGGUUUCCACUGACGCGGAGAUGGGCGGAGAAGAGCGGAGAUUUGACCAAUCACAGCGUUCGAGAGAGCGAAAAACGAAGACGCUCUGUUACUCUCUCCCUCACGGUGAUUGGUCCAUUCCUGCACAUCUCCACUCAUCUCCGCACAGCUCCGCGUCAAUGGAAACGCAGCCUUAGGCAAGUUGCAAACGAUUACGAUAACCGACAGUUUUUUCUCGACGUGACUUAUCGUACAUUUACGCAUGUCGGAAGUAAAUGACAGUGUAAUCGAUUAAAAUGUAUAUAAAAUAAAAUUAAAAAUUACUGUUUUUUAAUCGUUAGCAACUUGCCUAAGUUUGGAGACUUUUGUUCAUAUGUUCGCGUAGUUAAUACGGGUCCAGUACAGGGUUUUAGUGACAUCAUAAGGAAUACUUUGAGGGAUGAUUCAGACCAUGAUUCUGAGUUGAUAUUAAGUAGAAUUUUCCGUCGCAAAAGUAUGGAUCUGAAAAUAAUUUAAAAAAACACAAAUAUAGUCAUGACUUUUCCGAAAGGAAAUUCCACUGGAUAUUAACUCAGAAUCAUGGUCUGAAUUAUCCCCCAGUAUUCGGUUCGACGUCACUGACACCAUGUAUACAAUCCCGCGCAUGCGCACCGUCCGCAAGUUUUGGGGUUUGGAAGUGUUUUUAACGUUUGCAGCUAUAUGGUACAAAAUUAUAUCCAAAAAGACUAAAACCUUAUCGUAAUUACUACGAAGCUACUACUACUAAAAAUACUAUUAGGGCUUCGUAUCAGAAGUAGCUGCAAAGAAUCUUCUGAUUAUUUGUAGCUCUACCCACCCCAUUAGGGAUUGUGGACGCGAUUUAUGGCGUAUUAAAGAACCUAGACUAAUUCCUAGCCUCAUGUAGUUAAAUAAUUUUAAACUAGAAUACUCAUUAUUUUUCCAUUUUGUGAAAAUCGUCAUUCCAAAGUUAUUACGAAUAUUUAUACCUAUAUAUUUUAUUGUAAAUAAGACUGACAGACGAAUGUCCGCAUAUUAGGUAUUUUGAUACCAAUCACUCUUGUAGCCGUAGUAUGCCAUCCGCGUAACGAACGCGAAUCAAUUUUUUUUUUUGCCGUGACUUAUUGUAGAUUUGCCGCAGAUGGCAUUAACUACUUGGCCGGACAAAUGGGGAGCGCUGAAGGCUCUCACCCGGUACAACGUUUCAGACAACAGGCCUGAGGGUGCCCAGUUGGGCGCGAACCUCGGCUCAGGGCGUCGUCUGAGAGGAAAAAUAUUUGAAAGAAUUAAUCAAUUAAUCAGAGCGAAUCAAUAAAUGAACUAAUAAAAUUUGUUAGAAAACAACCUAGUCAAAUGAAGUAAAUACUUUUUUACGAAAUACUGUCUUUGUGUAUGAGUAUACAAAAUGACGUCAUCAAUAAACGAUGUCGACACGUCAUACUCAUUGUUAUUUAAUAGUUCCUUAAAAGAAGAUUUAUUUUUGAACGUAUUAGCCUGGCUUCUAUAACUUAUCUUUGACCCAGAAGGCUCAUUUAUUAAGUUGCGUGCAUUUCGUGGCCAGCAUGCCACGGCUACUGUUGUUUAUUUGCAAGAGGUUGUUUUUUGUUACUUAUCAAUUCAUCGCUGACGUCGCUAACUGACGUAUCAGAUUUUUGGCGAAUCUGAUUUGCACCUUCUGCACCUGUCAAUGAGACACAAAUUAUUUUUUCCAAAAAAUGCAAGUACUUACGUCAUUUUGCAAAGUCAGCAACGAAUUUAUGAAUUUCUUUAUACAUAAUUAUUGAGUCGUAUAAGUUGGUUUAUUUUAAUUUAAUUAGUUUAAAAUCGCGUGUCCAUUAUGGGUUACCUCUUUUGUAUUUUAGCUAAUCUUUAUUUGUGUUAAGAAUGGCCCCGAUUCCUGCAGACACCUGCUAAUUUUACAUUGUUAUAUCUGUCAUUUUCUUAUCCGCCGCAAAGCAAAGGGAUGGGUCAUUGACAGCUCCCAAUUUUAGGAAGAAUGAGUAAAUGAAUGAACAACCCGGGCGAAUCAAAAAGGUAUCUCGCUGGUAUGCAAACUGUUUGACGUGUGCUGUCAACAUAAUUCUGUCGGUUUGGCCAAUGUAAAAUUUUUAGACGGUUGUUUUAGAUUGGUGCUUAAAAUUGACGUGUGUUCCAUAAAUUUUAUGCUUGUCGAUUAGUCCCUUUCGUUUUCGGCGGAUAAGAAAAUGACAGAUAUAACUUAAAAUAAAAUUAGAUGGUGUUUAAAGGAAUUAACACUAAUAAAACGGUAAAUCUCCGCCCCGCACCCAUUCGUAUCAAGUGCCAACCUCACCCCCUCUGGGUGUUACUUUAAUCUUAAAUGGCUGUAAGCCUCUAAGGAGUAACAGGGAGCGCUGUGGUAUUUGUCUCAGUCGCACUUACGUGGUAAGAAUUAGAUUUUUGUUUGGAGUGUCCGGGGUGUGACAAUACAUAGGUACGGUCACGAGCAUUAAUAUGUAUACACUUUGGUACCAUGCCACAUUAACUUUUUUGACAAAUUGAACUGUAAGUCUCACUAAAAAUCAAAUAUGUUAGUGCGACAGAUUCCUAAAGUGGGUACAUUAUAUUGCUCAUGACUGUACAGGUACGUAAUACAAAUGAAUAACUUUCCAGGCUACGUUACCAAAAAUAAUGUAGAUGACGCUGUCGAGAUUUAACGUGAUAAUUACCUAUUUUCUCAUUACUCGGGCUACAUAAUUAUUCAAAAAUAUAAUGUAAAGGCAGAGGCAUAUAUAUAAAAAAAAAGUUGCUUAACAUCUGGAUCAGAUACGUGUAGAAUUAUGUACAGAAUAGUAAUGGGUGGAAGGUUUAAUCGUGCCUGGGUGUAAUAAAAAGGGUCAUCAUUCGUACCCAAAAACAAAGAUAAAAGAUGCAUGUCUGUUAUCCAUGAAAUUAGAAUGUUAAACGAAGAAAACUCUUUGCAGCGCCAUCUCUAUUGUUACGUAAAUUUUAAUUAUGAAGAAACUGUUAAAUUAUCUUUUAUGGUUGUCAAAACAUCUACAGAAUAUGAAAAUAUGCAUCAAUAAAAAGCUCGAAGUCGAGUUAAGUCAAAGGGUGGCCAUUUUUAAUUUACAAUCGACAGGUUCCCGAUGACACGCGGUUUUAUAUAGCAUACCUUGGCUGUGAGGCGAUAAGCUCAGUGAAUGCAAAGAAAAAUACUUUUAUACCAAAUUUUACUAUUAAUUUGUGAGUUUAAUUAUGUUUUUCAAUAAAAGAAUCAAAUAAU